GAUCGAGACAGGGGAAGCCGGCAGGGAUAGUGGGGUUAUUAGGGAUAAGGAUAGAUAGGGAUGAAUUUGGCGGAAUGGGGCAGAGCCUUGUUAAAUUUGGGGGCUGCCCUAAUUAUUCCGGUCAUCCAAGUUUCCACCUGGGAAAUGGGCUGGAUUCACGGAUAAUUUAUCAGGAUUUAUAUUAAAUAACAAAACUAAUACUGUGGGGCUUAUUUUAGCUGGGCUAUUUGGCAAUGGAGCUACCCAUUUUCUAAGCCCAGUUUGCAUGCAUUCCUGGGUUUUGCAAGGUGGGAAUACUAUUGGGUUUGGCUUGUAAAUGUGUUGAUUCAAAGCUUUUGGGUCUGCAGUAAGCUAUGGCGUGCCAAGGAUUAUGAUAUAGGGUUAGGCCCGCUGUUUUAGCAGGGAACACGGGCCUUGGCUGGCUAAGAAAAACUUGGGCUUUGAUGGGAAUGUGGGGAUUAAGUAGUUGAUGAAAGUUUGUUUGGAGAUAAACUAAGGCAUUGCAAGCAGGGAUUCAUGGCACCCAGUUUUGACUGUGUGUCCAAUCUCCUGUGUGCUGAAGAUGCCAGCUUAGUGGCCUGGGAUGAUGAGGAGGUAGAGAACAAUGGUGUUGAUGACAAUGGUGUUAAUCGCAGUGCCCACCCUGGAUUUGGGCAUCAUGAGCCUGUUGCAUCUUUGCCGGUUUUUCCAUUGGAGGAUGAUGAAUCUGUGUCUUUACUUGUUGAGAAAGAGGGCGAUCAUAUGCCCCAGGAGGGGUAUUUGAAUAGUUACAGGAUUCGAACUCUGGAUCUCUCCAUUCGUCAGGAUGCAAUGGGAUGGAUUCUCAAGGUACAUGCUUACUAUAGUUUUGGGCCUCUUACGGCUUAUUUGGCCAUCAAUUACCUGGAUCGCUUCCUGUCCCGUUAUCAGUUGCCUCAAGGGAAGGUGUGGAUGCUUCAGCUGCUAUCAGUUGCUUGCUUGUCCUUGGCUGCCAAAAUGGAAGAGACUGAUGUUCCAUUGCUGAUAGACUUGCAGGGUGGUUUUAAGAAAUAUAAUUGGAAUUUCGUGCAGAUUGGAGAUGUUAAGUUUGUUUUCGAAGCUCGGACUAUUCAGAGAAUGGAGGGUCUGGUUCUCACUACACUUGACUGGAGGCUUCGUUCUGUUACACCAUUUUCGUUUCUUGAUUAUUUUCUCCACAAGGCAACAGGCGACAUUUCGCCUCCCAGGGCUCUGAUAGCUCGAUCAAUAGAUUUCAUACUUGGCACCAGCAAAGUGAUCGAGUUUUUAGAGCAUCGGCCAUCUGCAAUAGCCGCUUCAGCUGUAAUGUGUGCAGCUGAGGAAGUGAUGCCUUCCGUGGCAGUGGACUUCAAGAGGGCAUUGUCGUGCUGUGAGAUUUUGGAUAAUGAAAGAAUAUACAGUUGUUACGGCGUUAUGCAAGAACAGCUUGAUGAGAGGGCUAAAGUACAGAUGUCGAAGAAGCAGGUAUAUGGGUCGAUAUCAUUUUCCAUUCCAAGGAGCCCCGUGGGCGUUCUGGAUGCAGCAUGUUUGAGCUGUAACAGUGAAACUACCAUGGCCUCUGCUCUCAGUGUUAGCCCUCCUGCCAUGAUAGGGGCUAAGAGAAGGAGAUUGAAUGUGUUCUGCAAUGCUGGGUGAUUUUUAGCUACUGUCAUCAUUCUAUGCAAUGGAUUAAAGGCGCCUUGCAGAGAGCUUUAGAGUUCUUAAAUCCAAAGUGGUUCCGAUGAGAUCAUUGUCUAGCAGCCAAGGGGGUCGAUGGAUAUGGCAACCAGUGGUUCUAGAGUAAGCUUAUGGAUUUACGGAGUGAAGAAGCGGGUUCUUCUUGCCCGCCAACUAUUCUCUCGGGAAACACAAAAAAAUGGAAAAAAAAGCUAAAAAUGUUUCUUGCAAUAGGUUAUUCGUUUCUUAUCCGAGUAACUAUGAAUUGAUUUGUAUGGUCUACUAUUUAUUAUGUCAUGAUCUGCCAAUGUAUGACACUGCAGACUUCUUUCUCAUGUUGGUCAAGGUUUGCAGACCACGCUUGUUUGCAGGCCAUAAUGCAGACGGAUGGUAUUAAAAACUCUGAUACCACUGAAACAUAAAGUAAUUGUUUCAGGCCUAGAAACCUUAUUUAAAAACCCACGGCAUUAUAAUCAAAUGCGUUCAAUGUAAUCUGCAAAUUGUUUAGAGUAUGUAAUUUGGAGGAUGCAAAAAUAUUUUUAGGCACUUCUCAAACAUUGUGCUACUACUUA